AGUAAAGAAAAAAAUGAAAAGAAAAGAUUGGAUAAUCAAAAUAAAAAAUGAACUCGACAGCAUGGCGGGUUUUACGACAGAGGAGGUGCAUUGGAAGAAGCGAUCAAUCUACAGAGUACCUUCCACCGUUAUUGAACUAAAUAAGAAGGCCUAUAAGCCUGAUACAGCGUCUUUGGGUCCUUACCAUCAUGAAGAGGACCACUUAAAGGCAAUGGAAAAGCAUAAGCAUCUAGCACUUCUUCACUUUUUAAAACGAUCGGGAAAACCAAUCGAGGUCUACGUUAAUGCAUUAGCGGAAGUGGUGGAUGAUUUGAAGGAUGCAUAUGAUCAAUUGGAUUCCAAAUGGCGACUAGGAACUGAAGAAUUUUUGAAGCUGAUGAUCCUUGAUGGUUGUUUCAUUUUGGAAAUAAUGCGCACUUGCACUUCGGCUUUGAAUGACUACGAUCCCAAUGAUCCCAUCUUCAGCGAGCAUGGAACGCUUUACAUUGUGCCAUACCUCAAACGCGACAUGUUGAGGCUUGAAAAUCAGUUGCCUCUGCUGGUUCUUGAGAAGCUAGUUGAUGUUGAUAACAAAAAAUUUGAGCAUGAUUUAUUUUUUAUUCAGAUAGAAGAGAGUAUUGUGAUUAAGCGCAUUCUCAACUUCUUUGGUCAAUACCGUGUUAAAAACAUGGGAAAAUGCCUACACAUUUUAGAUAUAUAUCGGAAGAGCCUAUUGGAAGAACCUGACAAGAACGUUGACCAUAAACUUCACCAAGGUGAAGACCAGAUCAUCCGGUCUGCUACCGAGCUUAACGAAGCUGGUAUCCAAAUCGAGAAAAGUGAAACAAAAAGCCUAAAAGAUAUCUCGUUCCAUAGAGGGGUGCUCAAGCUUCCACCAAUAAUGGUCGAUGAUACUACUCAAUCAUCGUAUCUAAAUCUAAUGGCAUUUGAGCGACUUCACGUCAAUGCAGGGAAUGAGGUGACUUCCUACAUCUUUUUCAUGGACAACAUCAUCGACAGUGCUGGAGACGUUAGCCUCCUGCACUCGAGUGGCAUCAUCCAGCAUGCGGUUGGCAGCGACAAAGCUGUUGCUGAAUUAUUCAAUUCUCUAUCCAAGGAUGUUACGCUAGAUCCUGAGAACAGAUUAGCAAAAGUGCAUAACAGUGUCAGUUACUACUGCAAGAAGCCAUGGAAUGCAUGGAGGGCUGAUAUCAUGCACAACUAUUUUAGAAAUCCAUGGUCUAUUCUUUCGGUCAUUGCAGCAAUAUUUCUUUUUGCUCUAACCACAAUUCAGACGGUAUACAGCGUCUUAAGUUACGCCAAUUCCUCAUCCAAAUAAUCCCUGUACUGCUUCAUUUUGCUGUGUGGUUUUUUAAUAAAUAAUGCCACGUGAUGCGCAUGGCAACCUCAUUCUCAAGGAAUUAACCCUCGGCUUUCAGAUCACAAUUUAUUUUCUCGACUUUCUUUGUUUUGCUUUUUGUUCGAUUGAUCAAUUGAAUAAUAUAUUUUGCC